GCGAGAUCUUCCCGGCGACGGCGGUCAGGCGGCGCGCGGCCGCUCCCCGACCGCGUGGCUCGUGCUGCCUGAAGCGGGGCGCGGGCUGGGCGGACACGAUCCUCGCGCGGGUCGCUCUCGCGUGGGGCCACGCAGGACCCCAGGAGGGCCGGGCGCCCGGGGAGCGUCCGCGGGCGUCACUGCAGGACCGCGGUGGGCGGGCUGAGGGGUGGGGCGCUCGGGCCCCGCCUCCCGCGUGCUGCAGCGGCAGCCGCCACCGCCGCGGCCGUGCCGAGCCUUUAAACAGCGGGCCCGCCCCGCGCCGGCCGCACUCUCGCGCUGACUCGGCUGCCGGCGGGUCCGUGCCGGCCCGGGCUAGCGGCGGAGAGCCGACUCCUGCUUCUGGCGUUGCGACCGCGGCCACCGCCGGCCAGGGGCGCUGAGGGCGUGCAGCCCGCGAAGUCCGCCAGGCUCUCUGGUCCGCCGAGGGUCGGAGGCGAUGGAUCCGGGGCCUCCGGCGCCCUCCUCCGGCGUCCCCAGGCUGCCCGGGGUCGGAGAGACGCCGCGGGCCGCCUCCGGGGUGAACCUGCCCGGCGCGGCCGUGUCCUCUAUGCCGGAGGAUGCUGCGGCCGCGAGCCGGGGCGGCGGCGAGGGCGUCUCGGCGGCCGGGGACGGGCUGGGCAGACCGCUGGGGCCCACCCCGAGCCAGAGCCGCUUCCAGGUGGACCUGGUCUCCGAGAGCGCGGGGCGGGCUGCUGCUGCUGCUGCGGCGGCGGCGGCGGCGGCUGGUGCCGGGGCGGGGAGCAAGGAGACCUCCGUGGACGGGAAAGCCACCAGCGAGAGCGGGCCGGCGAAAGGCAGUGAGGAAGCCAAGGGCCGCUUCCGUGUGAACUUCGUGGACCCGGCUGCCUCCUCGGCCGAGGAGAGCCAGUCGGAUGCGGCGGGGGUCGGCGGCGACGGGCCCAACGUGAGUUUCCAGAACGGCGGGGACACGGUGCUGAGCGAGGGCAGCAGCCUGCACUCGGGCGGCGGCAGCAGCGGGCACCACCAGCACUACUACUAUGACACCCACACCAACACCUACUACCAGCGCACCUUCGGCCACAACACCAUGGACGCCGUGCCCAGGAUCGACCACUACCGGCACACUGUGGCCCAGCUGGGCGAGAAGUUGCUCCGUCCCAGCCUAGCGGAGCUGCACGACGAGCUGGAGAAGGAACCUUUUGAGGAUGGCUUUGCAAAUGGGGAAGAAAGUACUCCAACCAGAGAUGCUGUGGUUACAUAUGCUGCGGAAAGUAAAGGAGUUGUGAAGUUUGGCUGGAUCAAGGGUGUAUUAGUACGUUGCAUGUUAAACAUUUGGGGUGUGAUGCUCUUCAUUAGAUUGUCAUGGAUUGUAGGUCAAGCUGGAAUAGGUCUGUCGGUCCUUGUAAUAAUGAUGGCCACUGUUGUGACAACUAUCACAGGAUUGUCUACUUCAGCAAUAGCUACUAAUGGAUUUGUACGAGGAGGAGGAGCAUAUUAUUUAAUAUCUAGAAGUCUAGGGCCAGAAUUUGGUGGUGCAAUUGGCCUGAUAUUUGCUUUUGCCAAUGCUGUUGCAGUUGCUAUGUAUGUGGUUGGAUUUGCAGAAACUGUGGUGGAGUUGCUUAAGGAACAUUCUAUUCUUAUGAUAGAUGAAAUCAAUGAUAUCCGAAUUAUCGGAGCCAUUACUGUGGUGAUCCUUUUAGGUAUCUCAGUAGCUGGAAUGGAGUGGGAAGCAAAAGCUCAGAUUGUUCUUUUGGUGAUUCUCCUACUUGCUAUUGCUGAUUUCGUCAUAGGAACAUUUAUCCCAUUGGAGAGCAAGAAACCCAAAGGUUUCUUUGGUUAUAAAUCUGAAAUAUUUAAUGAGAACUUUGGACCAGAUUUUCGAGGGGAAGAGACCUUUUUUUCUGUCUUUGCCAUCUUUUUUCCUGCUGCAACUGGCAUUCUGGCUGGAGCAAAUAUCUCCGGUGAUCUUGCAGAUCCUCAGUCAGCCAUACCCAAAGGAACACUCUUAGCCAUUUUAAUCACUACGGUGGUUUACAUAGGAAUUGCAGUAUCUGUAGGUGCUUGUGUUGUUCGGGAUGCCACCGGGAACAUUAAUGAUACUAUUGUGACAGAGCUAACAAACUGUACUUCUGCAGCCUGCAAAUUAAACUUUGACUUUUCUUAUUGUGAAAGCAAUCCUUGUUCCUAUGGCCUAAUGAACAACUUCCAGGUAAUGAGCAUGGUGUCAGGAUUUGCUCCAUUGAUUUCUGCAGGUAUCUUUUCAGCCACUCUUUCAUCUGCAUUAGCAUCCCUUGUGAGUGCUCCCAAAAUAUUUCAGGCUCUAUGUAAGGACAACAUCUACCCAGCUUUCCAGAUGUUUGCUAAAGGUUAUGGGAAAAAUAACGAACCUCUUCGUGGUUACAUCUUAACAUUCUUAAUUGCACUUGGAUUCAUCUUAAUUGCUGAACUGAACGUUAUUGCUCCAAUUAUCUCUAACUUCUUCCUUGCAUCCUAUGCUCUGAUCAAUUUUUCAGUAUUCCAUGCAUCACUUGCAAAAUCUCCAGGAUGGCGUCCUGCAUUCAAAUACUACAAUAUGUGGAUAUCACUUAUUGGAGCAAUUCUUUGUUGCAUAGUAAUGUUUGUCAUUAAUUGGUGGGCUGCAUUGCUGACAUAUGUGAUAGUCCUUGGGCUAUAUAUUUAUGUUACCUAUAAAAAGCCAGAUGUGAACUGGGGAUCCUCCACACAAGCCCUGACUUACCUGAGUGCACUGCAGCAUUCCAUUCGACUUUCUGGAGUGGAAGACCAUGUGAAAAACUUUAGGCCACAGUGUCUUGUUAUGACAGGUGCUCCAAACUCACGCCCAGCUCUACUUCAUCUUGUCCAUGAUUUCACAAAAAAUGUUGGUUUGAUGAUCUGUGGUCAUGUACAUAUGGGGCCACGAAGACAAGCCAUGAAAGAGAUGUCCAUUGAUCAAGCUAAGUAUCAGCGAUGGCUUAUUAAAAACAAAAUGAAAGCCUUUUAUGCUCCAGUACAUGCAGAUGACUUGAGAGAAGGAGCACAGUAUUUGAUGCAGGCUGCUGGUCUUGGGCGUAUGAAACCAAACACACUUGUCCUUGGAUUUAAGAAAGAUUGGUUGCAAGCAGAUAUGAGGGAAGUGGAUAUGUAUAUAAACGUAUUCCAUGAUGCCUUUGACAUACAAUACGGAGUAGUGGUUAUUCGCCUAAAAGAGGGUCUGGAUAUAUCUCAUCUUCAAGGACAAGAAGAAUUAUUGUCAUCACAAGAGAAAUCUCCUGGUGUCAAGGAUGUGGUACUAAGCAUGGAGUAUAGUAAGAAAUCAGAUUUAGAUACUUCCAAACCAUCUGGUGAAAAAACCGUUACACAUAAAGAUGAGGAAGAGGAUGGCAAGACUCCAACUCAACCACUGUUGAAAAAAGAAUCCAAAGGCCCUGCUGUGCCUUUAAAUGUAGCUGACCAAAAGCUUCUUGAAGCUAGUACACAGUUUCAGAAAAAACAAGGAAAGAAUACUAUUGAUGUCUGGUGGCUUUUUGAUGAUGGAGGUUUGACCUUAUUGAUACCUUACCUUCUGACUACCAAGAAAAAGUGGAAAGAUUGUAAGAUCAGAGUAUUCAUUGGUGGAAAAAUAAACAGAAUAGACCAUGAUCGGAGAGCGAUGGCUACUUUGCUUAGCAAGUUUCGGAUAGACUUCUCUGAUAUAAUGGUCCUAGGAGAUAUUAAUACUAAACCAAAGAAAGAAAAUAUUAUAGCUUUUGAUGAAAUGAUUGAGCCAUACAGACUUCAUGAAGAUGAUAAAGAACAAGAUAUUGCAGAUAAAAUGAAAGAAGAUGAACCAUGGCGAAUAACAGAUAAUGAACUUGAACUUUAUAAGACCAAGACAUACCGGCAGAUUAGGUUAAAUGAAUUAUUAAAGGAACAUUCAAGCACAGCUAGUAUCAUUGUCAUGAGUCUCCCAGUUGCACGAAAAGGUGCUGUAUCCAGUGCUCUCUACAUGGCCUGGUUAGAAGCUUUGUCUGAGGACCUGCCACCAAUUCUCCUAGUUCGUGGGAAUCAUCAGAGUGUCCUUACAUUCUAUUCUUAAACUUUCUACACAGUGGACCGCCCUUCAGACAGUACUGCAUUGCCUAGUGAAGUAACUGAAAUCUUCAAUGACACGUUAACAUCACAAUGGCGAACUGUGACUUUUCUUUCACUAUUUCAUUAAUUUGAAAGCACACAGGGAAGUUGAUCCAUUGACAUGUAUAUGGAGACUUCAGUUUUAGUCAUUAAUGUAUCUCAAUUUUAAUGAUGAUUCCUUGUUGUUGGACUAAAGCUCAUGAAGUAAAGUUUUCCUUUGCUACUUAAAUAGCAAUAAAAGUAUGUUAUUUUCUGACUGAUGAAAGAAAUACAAAAAGCCUUUAGCCUUGAGGUGCCUUCUGAAAAUAACCAAAUUUCAUCCAUAUAUCCUCUUUUAUAAAUUUAUAGAAUGUCAAACUUUGCCUUCAACUAUUAGUUUUAUUUCUAGUCUCUUCUACCUUAAAAUGGACACUGCUUUUCUUCCAUUGACCAGUUAGUGUUGAGUACUGUACGUUGUCUAUUAUUUUUGUAAAGGUUUAUGUUAGACAUUAAAGGUGCGAGUUAGGGCAAGUUAAUUGGGGGGGGGGAAAAUGGGAACCAAAAAGUGACCCCAAGUUUAGAUUGUAUGAGUAUGUAUAAAUGUAGAUCUAGGGGGAAAAGGCCCAAUAAAUCUUUUUUUUUUUUAACUUCUAUGUGGUUCUUAUUUGUAUCUUCAUUCAAUAUUACUAAAAUGUUAGGGAAGGUUGGAGAUUUAUCUAGUACUUCUAUAUACCGCUGAAAAAUUACAUAGUCAUUCUUUAGACAAAUUAUAUAGUUAUUCUUUUGACAGAAAUUCUCAAAAUCAAUUGUAUUUAUUAAAAGAGAUUUGUCCUAAUUUAGAGUUUUCUUUAAAUCUGAGGGACUUUUAAGAAAUGCUAAAUAAUUUUUCUGGAGGAAAAUCAUUGCCAUUUCAUAGAAUAUUUCAAACACUACAUGGAAUUUCACUAUACCAUCCUUUACAAGUCAUUAAAAUAAUGUUUCAUCAAAUGGUUAAAUGGACCACUGGUUUCUUAGUGAAAUGUUUUUAGGCUUAAUUCAUUCAAAUGUCAAGUACACUUAGUCUUAAUUAAUAUACUCAGGUUUGAACAGAUUAUUCUGAACAUUUAAAUUUAAUCCAUUCUUAAUACUUUAAAACUUUUGUGUUAAGAAAAACUGCCAGAUUGUGCUUUUGAAAUGUCUGUUUUGACAUAGUCUACUAGUACAAAUAUGACAGUGCGUAUGUACUGUUAUUAAAAGCUUUAUAUACAAUUAUUAAUGUAAAGUUUUUCAGUUUUUAUUCAAGGAAGGAUUUCCUAAAAACAUUUCAAGGGAUCUAUAUCUACAUAUAUGUAUGUGUGUGUGCAUAUGUAUAUACAUACACAGAUGCAUAUGUAUAUAUAAUGACAUUUACGUUGCUUUUUUUUGCAUUUUAAAUGAUCAAGAAUCAUUAGAUUAAAAUGGUUUUUGUUUGAGUAAACGUAAGUUCAAAAUUAGAUUGAAAGAGACAGGUUUCCUGGAGAACAAAGGUGGUUAUUUGAAGGGCAUGUAAUUCACACAGUUAUCAUUCAGAUAGAAAAUGGGGAACAUUUCAUCUAAAGUACUGUUUGUGGGUUCAUUGGUAUAAGUUUCAAUGGUGAAGAAUUUAUGCAGGUUUUAAUAAAUCUUGAUAGAAAUUAUAAAAUUAUUGUUGUCAACAGUGCAGUAUUUUUGCUGCAUAAGUAUGAACUAAGUUAACAUAAAAAUGAAGAUCUGAUAAUAAUUUUGAAUUCAGAAUGUUAAGAAAAUGAAAUAAUUGUUGUUUUCCAAAAUAUUUUUUCCUCUGUUAUAACGCACAACAUUGUUGCUUUUAUGGCAGGUUUUAUAGUGUUUGGGGGUAAGAAUGGUAGAAAUGUUUGAUUAGUCAAUAAACUAUUUAUGUCUGAAUUUUUAAAAUGGAUAAUAGGGCAUGAACUAAGUGCUGCUAUCUUGAAAUGUGCACAGGUACACUUACUUUUUUUUUUUUUUCAAGUUUUUCCCAUUCAGGAAAACAUCAUUGUGAUUUGUACUGCAGGAACCAAACGUCAUGCAUCAUACAUUGUGUAUAAAGUACAUAAAAUAUAUCUAAAUAUGCAUAAUGGGGGGAGGGUAAUAUUGUCUGUGAAAUAAUGUAAGAAGCUUUUCACUUUUUAAAAAUGUGCAUUACUUUUACUUAACACUAGACACCAGGUCAGAAUUUUUAAGGUUAAUAUAGUGCGCUAAUAAAAUUCAAUAAUUAAUUCUUAGAGAUGCUAGCUAGUGUCAAAGCUAUUCUAGUCUUUUAUUUAUACUGAAUUUGAUUAUUUUAAUGCCAUUUUUUUUUUUUUUUUUUAGUUCUAAUCAUUCGUGGUAACUUGGAAAUAAAUAAUUAUGCAAUGGCAUUUGAGCAUUCAUUAUUCCUAGAGGUAAAAAUUCAAUGGGUUUAGAGAGAAUGGUGGUGUUACGCUGAUUAUUAAUGGUUAAUUAAAUCAGAUAUUUAUUUGUUACAUUACUUCAUUUGUAUUUUAGGUUUUCUUUUACAUUCUUUUUAUAUACUUUCUGAUAUUACAUAUUUUUAAAGACUAUGGAAAUAAUUUAAAGAUUUGCGCUCUGGUGGAUGUUUACUAAGUUUGAAAAUGUAAUAUUUUGAUAAUAUUGUAUGAUAACUGUCACACAUGCUUUUCUAAUGUUUUAACAUUGAGUAUUGCAGUUGCUGCUUUGUACAGAGGUUACUGCAAUAAAGGAAGUGGAUUCAUUAAAACUAUAUAA